GCUUAUGUAUGUAUGGGCAUUUCACUCGGCAAAUUGCAAGUAGAAAACACGUGUUCUUUUCUUAUACUCUCUCCUAAUUUCAUCGAAACCCUCCAUGUUCCCAACGUGAAAAAAUAAAUCCCCAAAUUUUUCAACGAUCCACUUCCAUUUUCCAACUACAAUCUCACAAAUUCGUGUCAGAGAGAGCAAACGAUCCAUACAUACACGUGUUUCUAUAUACAAAUUGAGAUCAGAUAGGGCUGUUAGUCGAAAAAGGUGUCACCUUUUCCGGUUCUUCGCCGCCGGAGCCGUCAGAUUCCGGCAAAAUGGUGGCCGGAAAGUCGAUGGACUGUCUUCCCCCCGGCUGGACCGAGCAUGUCGAAGUCAAGAACGGCCGAAAGCUCAAGUACUACUCAAACAUGGAAACUGGAAAAAAGUUUUAUUCUAAACAAGAAAUCAUUCGCUAUUUGGAGACGGGAAAUCCUUGCCGUGGCCAACUUCAACAAAAAAGUAAGCAUAACAAUAGGUGUUCGAAAAGCAAACCAAUGCCUCUGGCAACGGAAACAAAUGAAAUUCCUGAAUGGUUACCUCCUGGGUGGAUCAUGGAGUUGAAAACUCGAAACAGAGGUCCACGGAUUGGUAGAACAUACAAGUGCUAUAUUGAUCCACUGACUGGAUCCAAAUUCUAUUCAAAGCCAGAGGUGUCUGAAUAUCUCAGAACUGCAAAGCGUAACAGCCGCACAUCCCAACAAAAGAAAAUGGAAAUUGGCCCUGUUAACAAUCCUAACAUGGAUGAAUUAACUGGAGGCAAAACCUCUCUGACACUAGAGGAGUCUCAAAUGAAAACUCUGAAGGGUACGAGUUUAGCAUCUGAACAAAAGCAAAUAGUUUCUAGCAAACAGUCUGUAAAAAAGGUUGUGAUUGAGAGAGUUGCACCUGAUGGGCUACCUCCAGGGUGGAUAAAAGAAAUCAAAAUUGAAAAGAAGGGAAAUGGGAUCAGAAAAGACUCGUAUUACACGGAUCCUGUAAGUGGAUAUGCAUUCCUCUCCGUGAAAGAUGCUUUGCGCUAUCUGGAAACUGGAGACUUAAAUAGGUGUGCUAUCAAACCAAAGAAGAGGGGCGAGCUGGAAUUUUUAAAUGAAGAGACUUCUGUUCCAUCUGCGCCUAGCAUGCAGGACUUAGGGCACCAUACAACCAGACGACAACUAUUUUCAGGUGAGAGAUCGAUGAGUGAUAUACUUGUAUCUCUGGUUGUGAUUAGCUGUGUCUAAUUCAGAACAAGUCAAAGGCAUGAUUGAGUAGCCAAA